AUGGCUGACGCGCGUAUACGCAUGCGCGUUGUUUCGAAGGAGGUGAUUCGAUUGGUCGGCACGAACGCGAACGAUGGCAGCAGGCCCGCGAAAAUUCAAAAGCAGACGAAAUACGAAAAAAGAGUGAGAAGUUUUUCGCGGGAAGUCGACGUUGAGAUGACGAAGAGGGCGAAAAAGGUAUGUCGCGGCGGCGCCGGUGGAGAAGGAGCCUCAUCCGGCACUCAACAGGUGGGUCGAUCGAGAACGGGAUGACCGACGAGGAUAGAAGGUAGUAAAAAAGAGAGAGAGAGAGCGCGAGAGAACGACGGUCGAUGGUUGCGUUCACGUGUGCGUGAGAAGGGGAAGUGGAGAGCAUUCUUAAGCGGCUUUUCUCCGAGCGUAUAGCCGCGAUCAUAUUUCAUCUCGCGCGUACGCGGCAUCGUUUAUUUCUCACGUUUCGAGGCUGGAGGGCUCCAGCUUCCUCACUUACGGUCCUUGAAAUAUCGCGACCGCGCGUCUCUCCUUCCGACUGCCCACUGGCAGCAGACGUGUCACGGUGACUGACAAUAACGAAAAUAAAAUGUUUAAUAACAACCCUCUACGAGUAACUUUCAAGUCACACCACACUGAUAUAUCGAUAUUUUAUCAAAUAAUUUAAUUUUUUCCCACGAGGUGGCGUGUUAAUCUUGUUACGUAAUGUCUUUUUAGAAAUCAAUGAUUCAAUAUCAACUCUAACCUGAAAUAUCAAAGCAAAUGCUUUUGCAAGUUGUCUGCAGACAGAGAGACUAAGGAAUCUUCAUUGCGCAAUUGUCAUUAUUUGUUCUUCCAUCUUUUUGUUUGUUAAUCAAGAAAAAGCGUACAUAAUUGCUCUUGGUUUGUAUAUCAAUAAUAAAUCUUAUUUGUAUGUACUUUAACUAUAUUCAUAUAACUUAGCUUUGUGAUUUUUUCAAGUGUAUUUGCAACAAUGCUUGUGUUUCCUUUGGUUUUUAGUUUUUUAUAUCAGAGGCCUAAGAUAUGA